CGACAUUGAGAUUUCCACAUUCACAUUGAACUCGUACACCAAAUUUCAAACAUUACCAAGAAGGUUGCGUCAACCGUGGCCUUCAUUGUUACAUUUUAAAAUCAUUUUUGGAUGUCAUGGCUUUCAGGCAACGGGUCAGUAUUUUACGUUUAUUCUUCUCCUCAUAUAAUUUUUGGACUCAGUAGUAGUAGCAGUAGAAGUAGUAGUAAUUAGACUCAGUAGUAGUAGUCUAAGGAGUUAAGCUACUUACAGUGUGUAAGUCAGCGUAAGAGUUAAGUGUAUCUAGUUAAAGCAAGAACGUAGUUAGUUAAGUUAAAUUAAGUUAGUAGUAGAGCUAACUAAAAAAGUUAGUUUAGUCAGUCCCUGGUGCAGGUAGUUUGGCUUAGUUAGUUAAAGGCUAAAUGCCUAUGGCCUAUAACUUUUCUUAAGUCUUAAGUUUAAUUUUUUUAAAAAGAAUCUGAAUCAGUCUCAGAGUGUCACUCAGUCAAUCAGUCAAAGAGGGAUUACACAACUGAAAUUCAGAGAAAAUACGAACUAAGUCUAAGGCAGACUAAGGGUCGUCCAUUAAUUAUGUCAACAAAAUUGGGGGAGCGAGGGGGUUUGGAAAUGUUUGACAAUUCAAUUGUUGACAAGGGGGAGGGGGUGGGGUGUUGCGUGUAAAUAAGUUGACAUGAACAAUCAUGUUUUCUCUAUUAAAAUUUUAAUCUUAAAAAUUGACUAGUUAUUAAAUUAUUUUAACAAAUUUAAUGAGUGUACAGUAACGUAAAUUAAAAUAGAUAUAUAAUUUUUAGGCUUUUAACUGUAUAAGUAUAAGAUUUUUUUAAUGUGUGUCUCAGUGUCUGUCAGAAUGUUAGCACACUUUUUUAGUGCAAAAGAAGUCAAAAGUUGGCCUUCCUUUGCCUGUAGAUUCAGUUUGUCGCAAAUGACUAGGGCAUUAAGUUUUGCAUGGUGUUGCAAGUAUAGAACAAGAUUCAAGUGUCAUGUGCAGUCAAGAUAAAUGAUAUUGAUAGAGUAGGAAUAUGAUAUUUUGAGACUUAGCGGAAAGUAUAGUGAGUAACAAUAAUAUCAUUGCUGCUUGAACGGAUUCGCAAAAUCUGUAACAGCUGUUUUGCAUCACAAGUCAUGUUCAAAUAGCAUUUUGCUUCAAAUUUCUUUUUGAACACAUUAUUUUGUUUUACUAUAUAGUAUAGUGCGUUCUAAAAGCAAUUUGGACGAAAAUUUUAAAGUGUGAACUGAAAAAAAGAUUUGACCCAAUUUCCAUUCAAUCAAAUUUCCGUCGAUCAAUUUUCUGUCGACGCAAUUUAUUUCUUGAGCUAUGUAUAGCCUAUACAUUAAUUUUAGAAUCAUGUGUGCACUGCUGUUUUCCCUCUGUGUGAUGUGUGCACACUCGCACAGCUUACAGGCAACAUUUCUGGUAUAAGAAUUUUUUUUUUUUUUUAUUGUUGAAAAUUUUGGCAAAAAAUGUGGUCAGAAUGAUGUAUGAGCAACAGUAUUAGUAUAAGAAAUAGGCUUUUAGAGGUCUAGACAAUAAAUAGGCCUUCAAUAUUCAGAGUGACUCUAAGCCUAAAUAAAAUAAUUUUUUAUGCAGUACAAAAUGAUUGUCAUAAGAAGUUAACAAUGAUUAUAUCAUUUUAGUCUUAUAAUAGAAAUAAGUACUCUACUUUUCAGGUUUUGGAAUGUUUAAAGAAUCUUCACAGGGUAAAGCGAGAGGUCUUUGAAGGUGAUCCACAAGCGUUGUCAGGUGGGUAGUAGAUUUUGUAUACCUGUAGUUAGAAUUUUUUUAUGUGCAUUCAUUUCAGAUCAGUUACUAUUUGUGAUAUAUAUAUUUAAAACACUUUGGAAAAUUAUAUUAAUAAAUACAUUAAUGGAUGGCGUUUUCAAAUCAUAAUAAAUUGACAUAUUUUUUUAGUGACACUAUAAUUGUUUUAUUCUUCAGUUACCACAAAGAAAAUCAGGGAUGAAUUUAGAAAAAAUAUUUUUUUGACUGAUCCGGCAAAAAUUGAAGAGGUUUGUAUAGGUGCAUUGUCAAGGUCAUGGAAUCAUUCAUAUUUUAUUUUCUAUUGGAAUGUGUGAUGUAUUGUCAUCUCAUGGGUCAAGCAUUUUCAAAUGUCUCUCUUAAAAGCAUGAAAUCUAGGGGCUAUUGUUUAUGCGUAAUAUAACUUUGUAACUUCUAUUUCAGGCCAUUAUACUAGCUAGAGAUACAGCAAUGGUUCUACGAGCAACUGUGGUCCAAUUAAGGCAAAAGAAUGAUGACACAUUUGGUAGGUAGACCUUUUAAAGAGGUUAGGCUUAUGUUCUGGUCUUAUUCUUUUGUUUUUGAGUGUUAGACUAUUCUAACAUAAUGGGAAUAGCACCAAAAAGUAGAACUGUAUAUUCUAUACAUGUGCAUGUUAAACAGAAUAUAAUUGGUCACAAUAGUCUGUAUAUAUGCCAUGCUUUGUUUUGUAUUCAUCUUUUCAAAUUUAAAAAAAUUUCAGCCUACCUUGUAAAAACAUUUAAUGUAACUUUGUGAAGCGCUAAUGGUCUGCAUUUUAGUUCUGGGUACCGGUAUGGUAAUUUCUGUUAGUUGAUAUCUUUUAUAUAUAACAUAUAGAAAUAUAUAAAUUUUCUCCCACUUAUUUUAAUUAAGUCUCAAAGCAAGGCCUCUUGUUUGUAUAAAAGUUAUUUUAUCAGCUCUUGCCAUCAUCCAAGCCACAUCAAAUAUUAAAUGAAUCAAUUAAAAAAUUUUAUCCACAGAGCUUCGACUGACCAAGCACACUGCCAUGCAAAAGAAUGUACCUUAUGACCCUACAAAGGAAGUACCACCACUUAAUCCUCGCAGAAAAAAGUGCUCUCCAGACUGAGCUUUUUCAAACUGCUCAUUUAAAAUCCUUCCACAAACUGUACAUUUGUAUUUAAUGUUUGAUCAAAAGCAUAUAAAAGAUGUGUGAUUUCAAGGCAUACAGCCAUGAGUCUGAUGGCUCGCAUUUAUAUGCUGUGUAAAUUGUACACUUUGAUAUAUUAGGCAGUACAGAGGAGUGACAACCGCAAUUUUGCAUCCAUCUGCAUAUAUAUGUUACGAUGUUACAUUUUUUUCUGCAAAGUUUGAAAUACAUUUGGACCAUUUUAAGUCUGAUGUAUUGACAUAUGUAAAUGCAAGUAAUGUUGAUUCUAGUGGGAUGAAGAAUUCAGUGUGUGCAGAAAAAUGAAUCGUGUAUGGUGCUAUAAAAAAAUUGGCACUGAAUAGUUGAAUAGGAGUUGGUUCCAGAAGUAAGUUACAAAACAUGCACAUUGUGAUAUUCUAAUGUAAUUCAGAUAAAACACAGCUUCAAGACACUGAACUAUUCUUUAGGUGAUGGUUGGUUCCAAUAUUGUGUUAUUUUGUUGAAAGCUUACUCAAACUUAAAGUAUCUUAUCAGGCUGAUUUUCUCAACCAUGUUCUAUAUUAUAGAGUACUUGUCUGAUAAAAUCAUUUUUGUUUGCUAAGUCAUUGUGGGAAAUUAAUUUGGGAGGACUAUGUCUCAAAGUGAAUUAAAUGAGAAAUAGGGGAUCAAUUUAAGGGUAAAUAUGGGUGUGUACCAUUCCCAUGGCACAUUUUAAUUUUUGUAAAGGAUAUACUUAUUGGUCAGUUUAUAGCUUUUGAAAUAACCUAAUGAACUCACAGUGGGUACCAUACGCAGUAUUUUCACAAUAUCAGCACAUGUCUUUUUAUAUUAUAUAUCCAUAUCAUGUGUUUGUAUUUGAUAGUUAUGUUAGUAAAAAAAAUAAUUUUAACAUGAUAUACAAUUUAAGAACAGUGAUGUUAUGAUGCAAUUAAAGAGCAAUGUUUUUUUAAGAAUCAA